AUGUUUUCCAUCCGUCCAGCAGUCUGUCGGGCGUGCAGGAGGACGCAGCUCCGCCCUGUGCGAACAUUUGCGACCGCUACCGGUCCGAUCCAGCAGCCUCCCCGCGACAACUAUGUCAAGCUCGUCGAGGUCGGCCCACGCGAUGGCCUGCAGAACGAGAAGAAGACAAUUCCUCUCGCCACUAAAAUCGAGCUGAUCGAGAAGCUCGCGAGGACCGGACUGUCGACGAUUGAGGGUGGCUCUUUUGUCGCACCCAAAUGGGUUCCCCAGAUGGCCAAUUCGAACGAUAUCCUCGAGCACAUUCUCACAAAAAAGAUCUCUUCGCCCUCUCAAAUAUCGUACUCCUUCCUCGCACCGAAUAUCAAAGGCCUGCAGAACGCCCAGGCGCUGCUGGCCAAGUAUCCCGGCGCCUUCGCUUCGCAGCUCCAGCCCUCGGCCGAUGCGUCGACACCGGCGGUCGAGGUCGCGGUCUUUGCGGCUGCUACCGAGUCGUUCUCCAAGAAGAACUUGAACUGCGACAUUGCGACGUCGCUGGACCGCUUCCGUGAGGUGAUCCGCGACGCAAAGGCUGCCGGCCUCCGCGUCCGCGCCUACGUCUCGGUCGUCCUCGGCUGCCCGUUCGAGGGCUACGAUGUGGACCCUCACAAGGUUGCCGAGAUUGCGACGGACCUGCUCGAGUCUGGUGCCGACGAGAUCUCACUGGGCGACACUACCGGUAUGGGAACCGCGCCGCGGACGAAGGAGCUCCUGAGCUGCAUGCGGUCGGCGGGUAUCAGGAACGAGGAUAUUGCGAUGCACUUUCACGAUACGUACGGCCAGGCGCUGGUCAACACCGCUAUAUCCCUGGAGCAUGGCAUUCGCACCUUUGACAGCAGUGUUGGUGGACUUGGCGGGUGCCCUUACAGCCCUGGUGCGACUGGCAACGUGGCUACGGAGAACAUGAUUUACUUCAUCGAGAGUCUGGGAAUGGAGACUGGCAUCGAUCUGGACGCCAUGUCUGAUAUUGGCGCGUGGAUCACGGGGGAGCUGAGCAAGUCCAACGACAGCACCGUUGGAAAGGCAGCCCGCGCGCUGGCCUGCACCAGGGAUCUUAUCGGCGCCACUGUGACCAGCUUGCCGAACAGGCUCCACCGAGACGAAGCAAGCUCCAGUCCAGUGCAUCGCUGUAGACGACACUCGCCUGCCAACCUCCUUCAGCUACCUUACCGGUGCAUCACCAACCGUCGCUCAACCAUCCGCCCGACCACGCCCUUCCUAUCGACCCUCUCGUCCCCUCCAUCCGCACAUUUCUUACAAUCGGGCGCUGUCUCAUUGACUGUCGACGCAAUGAGUGACCCGCGCGAGCCCUCCUACUCGAUUGUGCCGAGAAUUCGGUACAACACCGUCGGCGGUGUCAACGGACCCCUCGUCAUUCUCGAGAAUGUCAAAUUCCCCAGAUACAACGAGAUUGUCUCCCUGACCCUUCCCGAUGGAACCAACAGACAGGGCCAGGUCCUCGAGGCUCGAGGUGACCGAGCCGUUGUUCAGGUCUUUGAGGGAACGUCAGGCAUCGAUGUUAAGAAGACGAAAGUCGAGUUCACGGGCGAGAGCUUGAAGCUCGGUGUGUCGGAGGACAUGCUUGGCCGUAUCUUCGAUGGUUCCGGACGAGCUAUCGACAAGGGCCCCAAGGUCCUCGCCGAGGACUACCUCGACAUCAACGGCAGUCCCAUCAACCCCUUCUCUCGUGAAUACCCCGAAGAAAUGAUUUCGACCGGUAUCUCUGCUAUCGACACCAUGAACUCCAUCGCUCGUGGCCAAAAGAUUCCCAUCUUCUCUUCGUCUGGUCUGCCGCACAACGAAAUCGCCGCCCAGAUUUGCCGACAGGCUGGUCUCGUCCAGCAGAAGGGUGUCACCAACAAGGGUGUUCACGACGGCCACGAGGAGAACUUCUCCAUCGUUUUCGGCGCCAUGGGUGUCAACUUGGAGACUGCCAGAUUCUUCACCCGCGAUUUCGAGGAGAACGGUUCCUUGGAGCGUGUCACUCUUUUCCUCAACCUUGCCAACGAUCCUACUAUCGAGCGUAUUAUUACUCCCCGUCUGGCCCUUACUACCGCCGAAUACUACGCCUACCAGCUCGAGAAGCACGUCCUCGUUAUUCUGACCGAUCUGUCGGCCUACUGCGACGCUCUGCGUGAGGUUUCUGCCGCACGUGAAGAAGUCCCGGGUCGCCGUGGUUACCCCGGUUACAUGUACACUGAUUUGUCCACCAUUUACGAGCGAGCCGGUCGUGUGGCUGGUCGCAACGGAUCCAUCACCCAGGUCCCUAUUUUGACCAUGCCCAACGAGGAUAUCACUCACCCCAUUCCCGAUUUGACGGGCUACAUCACGGAGGGCCAGAUUUUCGUCGACAGAGGUCUGUACAACCGUGGUAUCUACCCGCCCAUCAACGUCCUGCCGUCGCUCUCUCGUCUCAUGAAGUCUGCCAUCGGUGAAGGCAUGACCCGCAAGGACCACGGUGAUGUUUCCAACCAGCUGUACGCCAAGUACGCCAUCGGUCGUGACGCCGCUGCCAUGAAGGCUGUCGUCGGUGAGGAGGCUCUGUCUGCCGAGGACAAGCUCUCCCUCGAGUUCCUCGAGAAGUUCGAGCGCCAGUUCAUCAACCAGGGCCAGUACGAGUCGCGUAGCAUUUUCGAGUCUCUCGACCUCGCGUGGAGCUUGCUCCGUCUCUACCCCAAGGAGUUGCUCAACCGUAUUCCCGGAAAGGUCCUCAACGAGUUCUACCAGCGUGCGGCGAAGGAGGCCAAGGACAAGGGCAAGCAGAGGCAGCAGGUGCAGCAGAACGAGGAGAACCUGAUUGACGCAUAA